GUUUGCUACAAAGAAGGGAAAGCAAAGGCUGUUGGCGCAUCCGUUUUUAACGUGACUUGCCUACACAUAAAUAUAUAUAUAUAUCUUUAUUUUCUACUUGUCAGUGAUCAAAGCUGACAGAUACUACCCCCUUCUGCCCCCCAAUCAGUUGGUUUCACCUCUGAUUUUCUUUUCUUUGGUAUUUGCGGUUGAGUUCCCUUCCGACUAACCUGGCGAAUGCGUGCGUGUGUGUGCACGUCAACGCGCUUCACAGCUUAUCCGGCUCUUUUACCUCCCUUUUCUUUGCUUCUUUCCUUCGCUUCACCGGCACGUGUGCGGGGCACUCGAAGCUGCGGUAGGCGAAGUCCAUAAUUCAUCGGUGGAAAGACGAGAGCAGUACGUGGGAGAGAAGACCUCCCUCCUCCCCACUUUCUCCGCAACGGGCGCACACACCUCAGCAGCGGUGACGUUGCGAAGAAGAGGCAGGGCGUGCACGAAGUCGCAUUUGAAAACUUAAUUUGUUGUUGGCGGUGAGGAAAGAAAAGUAAGGAAAACGCCUCCAUCAUAUAAAAAGUCCUCUUUCUCUUUUCCUUCUUAUUUAUAUAUUCCAUUAUCCCUUUUCGUGAAGCAAGGCGACGAGCCCAACCAAGGCACCUGCUGCGUUCCGCUGCGUUGCUCUUUGGGCAUAAGCUUAAAGAAAAGCAAGAGGGAAAAGCGCCGGUUUGGGUGACGAGAGCACUUCGCAUCUGUUGCCGCCUCCACAGUACCACCGCAGCGGCCGCGACCCUUUUCUGUGUUUUCUCUUCGUCUUUGAUUCUUCUUUUCUCUUUUUUCUCCGUAUUCAACGUGCGCGUGUGGCUGCGGUCAGGCGAGACGCGCUCUUCGUGUGCCUGCGCGAUAUCUUCUCUGCUCCGCGCUCGCGUACGCGCCGUCGCGGCUGUUGUUGAUCGACCGUCUCAACGCAUCAUCUUUCGCACGGCCACCAACGAAGUCCCCCCCCCCCUCCCAAAUAGCCCCCAAACAUGACGAAAAAUCGCCGCCACGACAUCGUCAAGCCCUCCAAGUUCAAGACGUCGAUGUGUACGUUCUUCAUCAGCGAGGAGGGCUGCCCGUUCGGCGACAAGUGCGCCUUCGCCCACGGCGACGAGGAGCUGCGGGCGGAGCCAAAAGAAAGCACGGCGGCCGCGGCGACGGCUCCACCGGAGACGACGGCGGCAACGUCAUCGCCCGCCAGCUCGACGGCCUCCGAGCACGACGCGGAGGGGAGCGGGCCGGCAGAUCACCCCAACCACCACCGUCCCGGCGGCAUUAACAAACACGGUCCUCAGGACACGAGUGGCGCCAAUGCGAAGCGCAAGGCGAGGAAAAAUAGAAUGGAUGCCCCGAGCGGUGCAGCCGUGAUGGGCGGCAACACGCACAACAUCCCUGGCGGGAAGUCGGCCGCGGCGCACGCUCGAUGUCGACCGCAGCGUGAACGUCAAACGCUGCCGCCGCCGCCGCUGCCGAUGCAGAGCCACGGCCCGAUGCCGUCCGCGGCGUACAACCUCUCCGUUGCCCCUCCUCCCCCAUCCACCUACGCUCUCUACGGGGACCUCAGCAUGGCCUACGGCGGCAUCCCCGCGCUGUCGGGCAUGCCCUGCUACAUUCCCACCGUGGGCAACCACCCCUUCUCGAUCAUCAACAACAACCACCACGCCAUCAACGUCGUGCCGCACAUGCAGAGCCCGAUGCCGUACCCGGCGACGGUCCCACUGCCACCGACGUUCCCGCCGCGGCCUCCGCAGCCGACACCGACUCCGCAGAGUUCCACCUUGAACAGUCCGAUGCCGCUGAACCAGCCGGUGCACAGCAGCCCCCGCCUCAACGGCAACAACAACGGCGGCGCCGGUGAGGAGUCACGGCGGCGGUUGAGGCAGCCCACGCGGCAAGUCGUGAGCAGCAAUACGAUGGCGCACUCACACGGCCGACACGCGUCGAACAUGACGUCGGCGGCACCGGCGGAGGUGGCCUCUCCGCAGUACGUCUACGGGCUGAUGGCGGCGGCGGGUGUGCGGCUGAAUGGCUCGCCGACGCCGGCUGCGGCGACGACGACGAAUAGCACUACUAAUGCGACUACUCCUGCUACUGCUGCUGCUGCGACUGCGACGCCCACCUCCGAUCCACGCAGAAGCGGUGAAGGCCCCACUUCGCCCUCUACCCCACUGCACCAGCAACAGCAGCAGCCUCGAUUGAUAGUGGUGCCGCACAAGUCUGGCUCUGGUGGUUUCGUGGUGCCGAGCAACAUUAAAAACUACCAUCCACAGGCUACGGUGGAGCCGGCGUCGCCGGUGCCGGUGAGCAAGGAGGGCAGCGCAACGCCACACUCCAAUUCCUCUUCCCGCGCGGAGCCGCACUCUGCUGGGGCCUCUUCCACUGCCGCAAGCGGCUCGGGUGGUGCUGCUGCCGUUGCCGCGGCAGUGAGCUCCUUCCAGCAGCUCAAGGCCUCGCCGGUGCCGCCCACCAUUGUGCACAUCCCGCUGAACAGCCGCGGCGGCGAUCUCUCCAGCGCCGGCAGCGGCAAGACGGUCGGCGACGUCCUCUGGGGCCCGGCGGGCGGCACCCGCAGCUCUCUCGCCGCCUCCACGCUGCCCACCGCCGACGACGGCCGCGGCGGCGGGGACUACAACGCCCUGCUGUCCGACCUCGGCAUCGGCGGCUCGAGCUACACCGCCAUCCCGCUCGACGAGUUGGUGCGUCCGCGCGGGACGGCGCGUGACGACGACGACGUCAGCUCCGGUGUGGAGUUUGACUGGACGGGGGCACUGGAGCGGUGGCUGCAAGCGGCGAAGGAGGAGAGCGCCGUGACGACGGAGGAGAGGGGGGCGCCCUUCAUCGCACCCCCAGCCAAGGCGGCGUCAACUACGUCAGGCACACCAACACCAGUAGCAGUGGCACGGACUUCGUCUUCCGCUGCGGCUACUGCUGCUGCUACUGCGGCCACCUCCACCGCCAGCACGGCGUACCUCCCGCAAGCCAGCCGGCCGGUGACGUCGGCGCUGAAUUGCAAGCCCGUUCUCACGGAGGGCGAGACGCGGCCGAAUGCGGCUGCAUCCACUGAAGGCAAACGCAAGCCGACGGUGAUAUGCCAAGUCUCCCGUGCAGGCGGCAGGCCCGCUCCUCCCAAGCGGCGGGCGCCGGUCAUGACAAACCAGUUCAAGAGCAGCUGCGCAGCGGAGGCAGAGUCGGACUCGGUACUGCUCUACUGCGCCGAGAAGAAUACGUUGGUGUACAUCACGUCGGCAAACGGCAAAGCGACAGCGACGAUGGCUGCGGGCACCAACAGCAGUAAGACGGCGUCGACACCGUCGAACGGCAUGUCGGACGGACCGGCUGCGGCGGUAGAGAAGGCGCCUUCGUGUGCGGCGAGUCCGGUGAGUCCGACCACGACCGGCACCGACCCCGACCUGGGCCUCGAGGUCCGCUUCAAUCCAGGCCGCAGGAAGCACUCCGUCCUCACACCGGAGGCCUCUGACGAUGAUGCAGAGUACUGCAUUUAA